AUGCCCCCGCCGCCGCCCGCGCUGCCCUGGCUGCUGGCCGCCUGCUGCCUCUGCGCCCUGCCGCGGGGCUCCGGGUUCCCGCAGCCCCUCUCUCGCUACAGGGACGGCGCGGAGCUGCCCAAGAGCCAGCAACUGGCGCUGUGCUUCAGUCAGUGGAUGGAGCUGUCCAACCAGCCUCAGAUCUCCAGCACCGUUUUGGAUCUUUGUUAUUCCAUAUUCAACAGCAUGCAAACAAAUGAGGAAUCACAGAUUGCAGCUGCAGAGUUUACAAAGAAGGAUAGUCAUGGGACUCUGGGACGGCCUUUUUUCCUUUUCAGGCCUCGAAAUGGAAGAACUAUUGAAGGCAGUGAUUGGAGACAUCUUCACAUCAUAUUUAGGACCUCUUGGGGUAAACCUGACUAGAAAGAGCAAGAAUGAGGAUGUAAAGAAGGAAGACAGUGAGAUCUAAUGAAUACCAUGGAAUAUGAAGUUCGAGGGUCGACUUACCAGCUCAGUAACUUGGUUUAUACAAAGACAAGAGACUUCCUGUUGCACUGUUAGUCUAUUACGUGGCUGUGUUGUCUGGAAUUUACUGUUCCAUAUAAUAAAUUUGCAAUCAUGAA